ACAAGGCAGCCAGAGCAAUGCAAUUGGAGCACCAAUUCUACAACACUACCAAAGGCCCGUUCACCAUUCACACAUAGUGUCAAACUCUUCAGAAUAUUGCGGAUUGGCUAGAUGAUGUGGACGCCCCGGUCACCGAAAAUGGGCUCGUUCUCCAAACCCUACGUGGCCUCCCGGAUGACCUUGGAAAGCCUCCUUCCUUCAAUUUCAGAAACCACCGCCGACGUUUAUGGAAACGAGAUCAGCUCUUCUUCUCUUGGAGCAACAACGUCGGCCCCUUGUCCCCACCGGCGAAGGAGGCAUGGCUAUGGCGGCGACCAUUCCAGGUGGAGCAGCGGGUCGCGCACAGGUUUCCGGUGGCGGCGGAGGACAGCAGCGGCGGACGAGGACAGACAGGUGGUGGUCGCGGCGGUCGAUCUCUGCACGGUCACGGUCGCGGUCGGCACUCUGGCGGAAUCCCUCGGCAAUCAGGACAGCAAACCUCCUGGCAGAUCUCUUAUUCAAACCCCAAUCAAGACCUAUUGGGCCCACGGCCCAAUCAGUUUCCUUACCCAGCCCAAGCCUUUUUAACCCCACCCUCUUAUCCAAAUUACCCAACCCAAUACGCAUAUGCCCAAACCCCACUUUCUUACCCAAAUUACCCAAAUUANGAUGACUCUCCGUGAACCCACAUGACUCAUGGACAUCGGUGCCUCACACCACAUUACCUCGGACCCAGGUACUAUUUCUCAUAUUUAUUCUUUGCCGUUAAAUUUACCACCU